AUGAUCAGGCAUAAAAAGAGGAAACGUUAUAGUUGUUCUUUGGGUGCUUGUUUUUCUAAAUCCAGAUUAUGUACUAAUUGUAGACUUUUUCCUUCUAAACUUUAUUUCAAAUCGUCAUUCCGACCCAUUGACAUAUCAUCAUCGCUCUCAAUCGGAACGCUUCAUUCAUCAUCUUCAACAUCCCUUCAAAUCCAAUCAUGGUAUCAUGACCAAACAUCGGUAACCACUCCACGGAAAUUAAAAAUGAAAACCUGGAAUGAAUGUAUGUCAAUAUCAUUAUCUCAAUGCUCUACAUCAAAUGAAAACGAAAUCGAAACAAUGACUGCUAAUAUAUUUCACGAAAAUGACAACAUAAAUGAUGAUCAACAAAUCAUUGAACCUGGUAUUUAUGAUGAAUCAUAUUACGAUCUAAAAAUAAAACACCUAAAUUGUAACCUAAAGUCAAAACAGGGUGAUAUUAAUCAAAGUUUUCUGCGAGCAGCUAGGGCAGGAAAUUCGGAGAAAUUACGUGAAUUACUCAACAAAAUAACAGACAUCAACGUCUCGAAUACUAAUGGACUGAAUGCGCUACACUUAGCGUGCAAAGAAGGGCGAACUGACGUUGUAAAAGAAUUAUUAUCACAUGGCGCGUCAGUUCAUAUGAUCACAAGAAAAGGCAACUCUGCUUUACACAUUGCUAGCCUUGCAGGACAUCUAGAGAUCGUAAAAUUGUUAGUUGACCAUGGGGCUGAUAUAAAUGCACAGUCUCAAAACGGAUUUACACCUCUUUACAUGUCGGCUCAAGAAAACCAUGUUGAAGUUGUUCAGUACCUUCUGGACAAAUCCGCUAAUCAGGCUUUAUCAACGGAGGAUGGUUUCACACCACUUGCAGUGGCACUACAGCAAGGACAUGAUCGUGUUAUAAGUCUGCUACUGGAAAGGGAUUCUCGCGGAAAAAGUCGCUUACCUGCUCUACAUAUUGCUGCAAAGAAAGAUGAUGUUCAUGCUGCUAAAUUGUUACUCAAUAACAGCGAAAUAAAUGUGGAUCAUACGUCGGCUAGUGGAUUUACGCCUUUACACAUUGCCGCUCACUAUGGGAAUGUUAAUAUAGCUAAGUUGUUGAUUGAGAAAGGAGCGAAUAUUAAUUACCAGGCAAAAAAUUGUAUAACACCGUUACAUGUAGCUGCUAAAUGCGGAAAGAAUGAAGUUCUAAGCGAACUGAUACGAGCAGGAGCUGAAGUAAAUAGCCGUACGCGAGAUGGACUAACACCUUUACACAGUGCAUCUCGUGCGGGUCAAACUGCUACUGUGGAAUAUUUAUUGAAAAAUGGUGCUGAUCACACUUUGAAAACAAAGAAUGACUUGACACCAUUGCAUUUAGCUGCACAAGGUGCUAAUGAAAGUGUUGUACGAUUACUAUUGCGGAAUGGAUCUAAUCCGGAUGAUGUGACCAUUGAUUAUCUCACCCCUCUACAUGUUGCAGCCCAUUGCGGUAACGUGGACGUGGCUCGUGCUUUAUUGAAUUCCCAAUGUAAUGUUAACGCAAGAGCUCUGAAUGGGUUUACUGCACUUCACAUCGCAUGCAAAAAGUCACGAGUUGAAAUGGCUUCAGUUCUUCUUAAAUAUGGCGCUCUACUUGAAGCAGCCACGGAGACUGGCCUCACUCCAUUACAUGUGGCUGCAUUUUUUGGGUGUACAGACAUUGUCUCAUUUCUUUUACAACAUGGUACGAAUGUGAAUCAAACAACUUUGCGUAAUGAAACUGCACUACAUUUAGCGGCUAGAAAUAAACAACUGGAGACAGUGAAAACUCUUCUUGGUUACCAAGCAAAUUUAGAUUGCCGUACAAGAGAUAAUCAAACACCCUUACAUGUCGCUGUCCGUACAAACUAUCUGCCAAUUGUUGAAUUGUUGUUGAAUGCUGGUUCCGAUCCUAAUAUAAUGACAAAAGAUAAUUACACACCAUUACACAUGGCUAUUAAAGAAGACUCAGAAGAUAUUGUUAGAAUAUUGAUUGAGCACGAUGCUAAUCCGGAAGUUAAAACAAAGAAAGGAUUUACACCAUUACACUUAGCAGCAAAAUAUGGUUCAUACAAAACAGCCCACUUGUUAAUGGACAGAGCAAAGUCUGAUCCGAACGCAACUGGUCCCAAUGGCUUCACGCCUGUACAUGUGGCCACAUAUUACAAUAAUAACAAAAUGUUGGAUAAAUUAAUAGAGUUUGGAGGUGAUGUCAAUCGACCUGUUAAAAAUGGCUUUACACCGCUUCAUUUGGCAGCCAAACGAAAUCAUCUAGAUUCAAUCCAUUUAUUAGCAUCUAAAGGAGCCAUAACUGAUAAGGGUUCAAGGAACGGUUAUACACCACUUCAUUUAGCUUCACAAGAUGGUCAAAUCGAAAUAGUUAAAGUUCUUGUUGAAAAAUACAAAGCUCAAGUGAAUACUGCAGCCAAGGACGGUUUAACACCACUACAUUUGGCGGUACAGGAAGACAAAGUUAACGUAGCCGAAUAUUUAUUAAGUUCAGGCGCAUCCAUUGAUACGAAGACACUGAAAGCUGGGUUUACACCACUACAUUCAUCUGCUUAUAGGGGACAGCUCGCCUCUGUUCGUCUGCUUCUAUCAUGUGUCCCUGAACAUCAACUUCAGCAAGUUAUAAACAGUCGCACUCAUAUGGGUUCAACUCCACUGCAUUUGGCAGCCCAACAAGGUCAUCUACAAGUAGCUCUAAAACUGGUUCAAAUGGGAGCUGAUCCAAACAUUUGUAAUAAGCAAGGAUGGACAGCAGCAAAAUUAGCUCAUAAGCAACAUUAUUUGAACUUGUUCGAAUUGUUGCAAUCAAUUACAACUAAUGGCGGUGACGGAUGUUUACCAAGUUCAAAUGGAAUAGAUGAUAAUGCAAAUCUAAUCAAUGGUGUAAUGCCCUUAGAAAAAGCGGAAUAUAUGACUGAUCACAUGAUUUCAGAUAGUGAAGAUGAAGCCGACCUUUUAUCUACACCAGCGAUGUUUCGAUAUCCUGAACCACGUAAAGAAAUGUUAGAUGAACCAGCAGAUAACGAUAUAACAUCAAUUCCAAGUACACCAACUUUGGAUAAUAAACUCAUAUCAGUCCGACCAACAACACUGCGCAUUCCUGAAUAUUUAACUGCCUUAGGAGGUGAAACUCUUUGCUCUGAUCUUCAUGAAAGCAUGACCGAAGAACGUGUGAAGCCAAUGCUCAAUGGAAAAGGUGAAACAGCUACAGCUUCACAACAGCCAGUUCAGAUGACAAUUAAUGCAUCUUCACCUGCCGCUUUAUCAGAAUGGGAUUUCGAUGUAGAUAAUGUGCAUUCGACGAAGAAUUUAGUUAAGUCGGGGUUUCUUAUCUCUUUUAUCAUCGAUGCUCGAGGUGGCCUAGUCGAAGCUCAAAGACGACCUGGUUUACGAUUUCUUGUACCACCUAAUGCACCAUCUGGACCACUUCGUAUAAUUUGUCGUUUACUCCGCCCAGAAGCAAUUGACAAUCCACCAAUUUUUAAUGACGGUGAUUGCUUAGCCUGUCGGAUUAUUGAAAUGAAUCCAAACCAGAUGCGUUUCACUUUACCUAUACUUGUUGAGGUGCCUCAUAUAGCAUCUAUUAAAGGAAGAGAACGUGAAAUUAUAAUUGUUAGAAGUGAAACGGGAAAUUCAUGGAAAGAACACACAUUAGAAGCAAAUGAGCAGGCGAUAAAUGAUUCUUUGGGUGAUGCAUUCGAUCAUUUUGACUUGAAUACUUCAAGUCUUAACAAACGCAUUCAUCGAAUUUUGACCUAUGACCUUCCACAAUAUUUCGCGUUAAUUUCGAGAUUUCGUCAAGAGGUUGCUUUCAUUGGUUCAGAUGGUGGAAUUAUUAGCUCCACCGUAGCAUCACAAGUCCAAGCUGUGUUUCCUCCAGGAUCACUUCAAAAAAGAAUUAAAGUUGGCUUGCAAGCCCAACUUAUUCCUAAUGAUGUCAUCAACCGUUUAACGGAUGGUCGUGUUUCUGUAUCUCCUGUCGUAAGCAUUGAGCCAAGACGACGCAAAUUUCAUAAGCCCAUCACACUUACGAUACCGGUUCCACGUCAUUCAGCCAAAACUAUUCCAGAUACAACAAACAGCUCACCAAAAAUUCGCCUUCUAUGUAGUCUAUCUGGUGGAAUAAAUCCAGCCGUAUGGGAAGAUAUAACUGGUUCAACACCUAUGACACAUCAUAAAGAUUGUGUUUCAUUUACUACAACUGUUUCUGCUAGAUUGUGGUUGAUGGAUUGCCCACCUGAUAUUCCGGUUACAGAGCUAGCAACUCGCAUUUACAAUGAAAGCAUUGAACCACCGAUUUUGGGGAGAUUUGUUAUUUAUGCUCGUCAGUCGACUGAUCUGGAAACAGAAGUUGAACUAAAAACGCCAGAUAAACUACCAAGACAACUUGCUCAUGCUCAAGAUAUGAAGAGAAGUAUUUCACGCACGAAAAAGUUUACAACCGAAUUCGCUCAAAUUAGGUGCAUUUGUCUGACAGACGGCAACAAUGACAAAACUCUGGAGUGCUUAGAACAUUACUGUCAAGUUGCGAUCGGUCCAUUUGUAGAGAUUCAACAAAAUAAGCCUAUCUGGAUUGAAAUGGUUGGAAAUCUGGUACCAGUGUUAAGAUCUGAUGAACAGUUGAACUUUACCAUUCGACCAUUCCAUGAUAAUAGAAUUACAUUCCCAGUUCGAUUGCGAGACGUACUGGAUCAUGAACCAGAUUCAAGUACAGUUACUGGAAAAAUUGCAUUUGUACGUGAACCACGCAAAGCUCAAACAACUUUGGAUAUGACUAGCGCACAACAGCAACGUCUAAUCACUCUAUUAGAAUUCAAGCUACCAAUUCCAGAUAAAACUUUUGUGAUAUCUACAAGAGAUAAUCGUCUGGCUGACGCGCUCACUAAAAUAAAUCAGUUUGACGCUAUUCCUCCAGUCAUGACUGACUUACACCCAGUAAUGACAAAAGAAGAAAGAAUAACUGAAACUGACAUCUUCGAGAGACGACCUAUCCUGCCGUUGGUUGCUAAAGAAAUUUUACCACAAGUAACAUUAAACGAAGUACUGACAUAUCCGAGACGUGAAGCAAUAGAUAGUUCUUUAGUUCUAGGUCUUAUGAUAAAGCGUUCGAAGCUGCAUUCUAUCAUUAAUACACUAAUACGUAAAACGAAAACUCAAUUCGGAAAAAAAUCUUUGAAUGUUACUAAAACUGUGACACUGUUACAUACGUCUGAAUUAACUUUAUUGCAACUAUUUGAUACUAGUUACAAACUAAUUCAUUAA